CGCAGCUCAGUAUGCGCCGUGGCCGCGCUCCCGGUCGCGCGGCGGUGGUAAAGAUGGUGGCCAGCGCUCGGGUACAGAAACUGCUCCGACGGUACAGACUCGCGAUCGCCGCCGCGUUAACCAUCCUCCUGGUCCAGGGUCUGGUCGUAUGGAGCCUGCGGAGCCUGGAGGAGGGCGAGGCCGAGAAGAAAUCACGACGGUCUAAGUUGCCAGACCACAACAGCCAGGACCCCAAGAGAGACCCCGCACUUUGGGAGAAACAAAACUCUCUGUCAGUGAGGAACAAGGGCAGAUGGAGCGCCAGGCUGGAGAGGACAGGGGGCACAGCAGCCAGCGCGCUGAGGAGAGGAACCAGCCGGCGAGGAGGGAAGCCCAGCAUCAAGCAGAAGUCUCCUCAGGAGCGGGUGAUGACGGGCGCUGGAAUGGAUGGUGUCAUCCCCCCUGACCUGUCAAGCAGCCGCAACUUUAGCGAGACCCGAGGAGGCGCGGAUGGGGCAGUUAAGCUACCUGCUGCUGCUGCCGCCGCCAUUCCAGGGGAGCCGGGCAGUGUGGACGGGGCACACCAAGCCCCCAGCAGUGACUUUGUGCCCAAGUGCGACAUCAUAGGCAAGGACGCCCUCUCCGCCCUCCAUCGCGCUGGGUCCCAGCAGUGCCGACAAGAGAUCGCCAACCUCGUGUGCCAGCAUCAGGCUGGUCUGCUCAUGCCAAACGCCCUUCCUCAGUUCUGCCCCCAGCUCGGUAUAAUAAAUCCGGUUCAGGCCGUUGGCGAGCUGGACAACAGCCUGUCCAAAGUGGAGAACCCCAUCAGGGUGGCUUUUGUUCUGAUGGUCCACGGCCGAGCCAUACGGCAGCUCAAGCGUCUCAUCAAAGCCAUUUACCACCGUGACCACUACUACUACAUCCAUGUAGACAAGCGGUCCGGCUACUUGCACCGCGAGGUCCUGCAGAUCGCCCAGCAGUUCCCAAAUGUGCGAGCCACGCCCUGGAGGAUGAUCACCAUCUGGGGGGGUGCCAGCCUCCUGAAGGCUUACCUACGCAGCAUGCAGGACCUGCUCUCCAUGAUGGACUGGAAAUGGGAUUUUUUCGUCAAUCUCAGCGCCACAGACUUCCCCACCAGGACCAAUGAUGAACUGGUGGCUUUCCUGUCGCAGCACAGAGACAAGAACUUCCUCAAGUCACACGGGAGAGAGAAUGCACGGUUCAUUAAAAAGCAGGGCCUCGACCGCCUCUUCCACGAGUGUGACAACCACAUGUGGCGCCUCGGGGAGCGCGGCAUACCAGAAGGCCUGGAGGUCUCAGGUGGCUCUGAUUGGUUUGCGCUCACCCGCCGCUUUGUGGAGUAUGUCAUCAACUCCCAGGAUGACCUGGUUACAGGGCUGAAGCAGUUCUAUUCCUACGCCCUGCUCCCCGCUGAGUCUUUCUUCCACACGGUGCUGGGGAACAGUCACAUGUGUGACAGCCUGGUGGACAACAACCUGCGGGUCACCAACUGGAAUCGUAAGCUUGGCUGUAAAUGUCAGUACAAGCACAUUGUCGACUGGUGUGGCUGCUCGCCCAAUGAUUUCAAACCGCAAGACCUCAUCCGGAUACAGCAACUGACCCGUCCCACAUUCUUUGCCCGUAAAUUUGAGUCGUCGGUGAACCAAGAGGCCAUAGACAUCCUGGACACUCACCUCUACGGCCAGUACGCUCCGGGCACCAUCGCCAUCAAGGCGUACUGGGAGAGCGUGUUCGAGCAGUCGGACAGCGUCGGCUCUCUCAGGGACGUGGCUCUCACUGCUUACACUUCUUUCUUUCGCCUGGGUCUGAAGAAUCUGGCCACGGCUCAGAGCAAUGUGGAGUCCUGCAGGUUUGAACCAGUAGGCUACCCUCUAUCGGUACACUUGUACUUCUAUGACGACCAUUUCCAAGGGUACGUGGUGCGUCAGGAAACUCAGGCUGUGGGGUCAAAGGUCAGGGAGACGCUGGAGAUGUGGGCAGUGCCGCAGGCCUCGUUCGUUCUCGAGAAGAACCUGAAAGAGUUUGAAAGGCUGAAGAAUCUGGAAAUCGGCACAGAGUGGGAUCCCAAAGAGAGAAUCUUCCGUAACUUCGGUGGGGUGAUCGGACCUCUGGAUGAACCGCUGGCAGUCCAGAAUUGGGCCCGUGGUCCCAACCUCACAGCCACUAUCGUGUGGCUCGACCCGGCUCUGGUGGUGGCGUCGUCGUACGACAUCACAGUGGAUGUGGAUGCAGAGUACACCCAGUACAAACCGCCGCUGCAGCGCCCCCUGCGGCCCGGGACCUGGACAGUGCGGGUGUUAAAGCAAUGGGAGCGCGUGGCAGAAGUUCGUUUCCUUGUCAUGCCGCUAACCUUCAAAGAUAAGGAGCCACUACGCAAAGAAGAGGACAGCUGGCUCCAUGCAGGUCCUCCGGGGAACAUGUACCUGGAGCAGAGUUUCCAGCAGCUGAGCUCCAUGCUGAAGCUGCCUCCCCAGGAGCCUGCCAUGCGGGAGGCCCAGCGUAAAGCCCAGCUCGUGGGUCUGCCCCUUGAAGAGUGGGUGGACAGUGGUGUGAGGACCUUCUGGGUUAUGGGCAACCUGUGCACCACACAGACUUCCUCCUGCCCAGCACUGGGACCUUGCUCCAAAACCUCCUGGAGCUCUCUGUCCCCGGACCCCAAGUCGGAACUGGGCCCUGUCAAAAGUGACGGGCGUAUCAGGUAGCCCCAAGAGAGGAGAGAAUGUAGACUGUAACACAUACACAGGAAGAAAGAGGGAGAGCUGGACCUACACUAGGGAGAUCCAGGAGAACCUGUGUGAACCGGAUUUUGCCCCCAAGGUCGGCUCAGAGCUCCGGGGCACAUAAACAACCACAAGAAAACUUUCUGCACUGAGGAGUCGGGACUUUCUUUGGUGAUGCAGACGAGAAAGCGGAGGAUUCGACUGCUGGAUAUUUGCACAUAGAAGAUCGCAAGCGAAGACUUGUGUCAUUGUUUGCUGAACGGUUACAUGGAUGCCAGAUGUGUUGUUGCACACAGGUUUCAGUUUUCCUCUGCGUUGAAAGAACCAGAAAGCGGUUGUUAAAACUCGAGUCGGGGCUCCUCGCUGCGCCUCGAUCUUCAUUUCAAGGGAGAGCAGAAACCUCUGAAUCAUGAUAUUGUGCUUAUUUUGAAGCAUUACCGUGUAAGCAUGUGGAGCAGACAGAUGAAGUGCACUUUACUGUAAGACUAUGGCGUCACACAGAGGUCACUCGGUUACAGUGCGAGGAGCAGACGUUUAUAAAGUCAGGGUCACGUCACCUGUUCGAAUCACACAUGACGUCCUGUUGCACAGACACAUCUUUAAAUACAUGACUGUCACUGGGGUUAGGAAAAGUAAGGAAACAGACAGAGAGCGGGUUCCUUAGGUCUCAUUGCAUUCAAAAAUCACCCUCAGAUAAAGUUGAUAAAACAAUCGCUGAAAAGAUGCUCGGUUUCACGUCCGUGUGGCGGAUACGGAUGUGUGGUGUGGUCCAAGUCUUCAAAACAACAGAGUGAGUGGAGCUCGAGUUGAGAUCGUUUAGUUUAAUGAUGUGACAAUGCUCAAGUCAUUUAGAGCUGCAACGAGCUUGUCAAUUAAUCGAUUUGUCUAUUGAUUGAUCAGUUGAUCUUUGUACAAGAAAAAACUGAAUAUUUACCAGUUCAAUGUGAGAAUCUUGCAUCACUAGAUUUGAUAUCUGCUUGGACAAAAUAAGACGUCGUCUCAGACUUUAACCGAUGAUUAAUCAGUAAAUUGUGAAAAUAACUGCAUAUUAACCAUUCAUUUUAAAUAUUCCCUAUGUUGCAGCUUAAAUACAAUUUGGUUUUACCAAAUCAAAGUCAGUUUAGCAAAGGGAAGAGAGAUGAAACUGAAAAGCAAAAGGAAACGUUUGACAUUUUGGGAAAUACCUUUUCUUUCUGAGAGUUAAAUCCAAUGAGAAUAUUUAUAACCAACCUCAUGUUUACACACUACAUACACAGCUACUGCCUGCUUUGUGUUUCCCAACAUGUCACAACUUUCCUUUUUAAAUGCAAGAGUUUCAAACCACAAACCUGGUUGGACGUGUACGUUAUUCCUCCGUUAUAUCAGUUUAAAAAUGCAGUAUUGUCACUCGUGUGCUCUGUUUACCUCACUGGUUGUUUAUUCCCAUUUCAUUUCUAAAGGUGCAUUUCAUUUCAACUGUUUAAGUCCUCCAAUCAAACGAUGGUAAACGGUACACUGUAUGUUUUUAAAAGUUUUUAUUUUAGUGUGAUCAUGAGAAUCUAAGCUGCCUUUUACUUAGCUGAGAAGACAAAUGGCUUAUACGGGAGAGUAGUUUCCAGAGAUGUGCAAUUAACGCCUUUCGAGAGGAUAGUGAAGCCCCCUGUCUGUGUCUUAGUUUUGCAUUAGUGGUAGUUGGCCACCAUAUGAGUUUUCAAGUGACCUUGUUUACCUUGCACAGGACAGCUGCUUCGGUGAGACCCCAGGUCUAUUGAGACGAGCGAGCAGAGUCAUCAGCGUAGCAGAUUUUAUUUUUCUACACAUUAUGAGAGAAAAGUGUCUGUUAAACCAUUAAAAACUGCUGACUACUUAUGUUGUAUUUGACGGUCCACGUGUUCAGUGACAUCUGAUGCAGACCUGUUUUAUUUUUAUUCAUUUUUCUGUUUGGAGGAGGAGGAGGAGGGUGGGAUGUUGAGGUUUCCAUCCGUGCUGCUGUGAUGAAUGAGUGGGGAACUUUGUCGCUGUACGCCUCUGGACAAGCUCAUAAGUUAGACGUCCUGACUGAUGACUCAAUAAAAAAAACAUUUAUAUGAA